AUGGCCAAUUUUUGGAGAAGGAGUUCACUUGUGGAGGAGGCCCUCAGGCUGCCGGCCGGUUGGCGAUUCGAUCCAACCGAGGCAGAGCUGAUCCAGUUCUAUCUCUCAAAAAUAGUGGUCCGCGAACCUCUCCCGAUUAAGGUCAUGGAAGAGAUGGAUGCACACCACUUCUACGAGAACCAUCCCAGAAACCUUGUUCAUGGCUCGGUGCCCCUAUUUGGGGAAUACUUUUUAAUCCUUGGAGAUGAAUAUUUCCAUGGAAGAAUCGACAACAUGAAACUUGUCGGAGAAGGAAAUAUUGGAUCGUGGAGAACUGUUGGAAGAGAAGAGGAAAUCUUCGACGAGGAUAGAAACGUUAUCGCCUUCAAGAUCCAUUCUAUCUUUUUCUCUCCCAGAUCGGAAGUAACAAAUUGGAGAAUGGAGCUCUACCGUUUGCCUGUGUCCAACAAUCAUGAGGUAGAGAAGAGUGGGUGGUCGCAAGGAUCAGAAGAGCCCAACAAUUUUAAAGCAUAG